AUGGCCGACUGGAAGUCUGGACCUCCGACGCGAAAUCGCCAAGCGUCCGUCGGGUCCGUGUCGUCGUCAAUGUACUCAUGCAACAACGACGACCCCCUUGGCUUGCAGAACACGUUCAGCUCCACAUCGUCCGACGAAAGGUGGGCCACGUUCCAAUCCAGAGACACAUGCUAUCAAUGCGGCGAGAAGUUCUCCGUGUGGAAGCGAUCGCAUCGGUGUCGCAACUGCGGGUGGUCGUUCUGCAAAAGCUGCUCCAACCACCGCGUGGCGCUCAACGGCCAAACGCACAAGUCGCGGGUGUGCGACCUGUGUUUUCCCAAGGUGCUGCUCGUGGGCCCGGCCCCUCCCGCGAACUCGUUCUUCAAGGCGUUCGUUCCACGCGGGGUGUUUGCCGGUAUGCUGAGCUACCUCAACUUCGUCGACCUGUGCGUCGUGUCCAUGUGUUGUCGGCACUGGUACAAGCGCGCGUCCCUCGAUAUGCUGUGGCGGCCUCUGUACGCGCACACGUUUCCCAUGGCCGAGUCGCCGGACGCGACGUUCCAGCGGCACAUUCACGGCAUCGAGUUUGACAGCCUGCCAUGGAAAAAGAAGUUUGAGCUGCGGUGGAUCGCCCAGCGCACGGCGCAGCUGACGGCGGAGAAGAAGAAGUCGUUUGCGGCCAUGGCGGACCUACUGGCGUCACUCAACCUGGACAAGUACACGCCGUUGUUCGAGCAGGAGGAGAUCGACAUCGAGGCGCUGUGCAUGAUGAACGCCGGCCACUUGCGCGACCUAGGCAUCCCCGCCGGCCCUCGCAUGAAGCUCAUGAACGCGGUGGCGCUGCUCGCGACCGACGGCCCCGACGACGAUGACUGGGAGCAUGAUGACGAGUACUCGUCCGCGGGGCCCGUCACCCCCGUGGCGCAGUACAUCAGCCGCCGCAACCACAUGAAGCAGUACAAGGCGUCGCUGGUGCGGCGUGUGCAGCAGUCCACCGUCCGGAUCGCGGUGCUUACGAGCGACGGGCGACUGCUCAACGUCGGCUCGGGCAUCAUCGUACAUGAGCGGGGCCUCGUAGCCACGGCGCUGCACUGCCUCGUAAGCGACCAGUUCGAGUUUGACUGCAUCCGCAACCCCGACGAGUUUAUGAUCCUCGUGGCGCCUACCGUGUCGGCGAGCGAUCCCCCCGCGUGGAAGUACCGCGCGUCGGCGCUCCCCCAAUGCUGCGAGGAAGAGCUCGACUUUGCCUUGCUCUGGAUCGACGGCGAAGUCAUGUCCGAUCCCCCCUGUGGCCUCUACAUUGGCGACGUGACCGAGCGCAGCAUCGCCAGCACGUGGGUGGUAAGGACCACGGUCGAAUCGGCGUCGCUCGAGGUCAAGCUCCCCGCGGUGCCUAUCGGCAACUCCAACAACGUCGAGCCCGGCGACGAAAUGUGGAUGUUUGGCUACCCCAGCAGCGGCCAUAACACGAUCACGGUGCACCACGCCAUCUGCUCGGGCACCGACUCGCAGGUGUUUAACGGCCAAGAGGUGGGCAAGGCCAUGCUGCGCACCGCCGCGCAACUGGACAAUGGCUUCUCGGGGGGCGCCGCGGUCGACAGAAGGGGGCUGCUCGUCGGCAUCAUCUCAUUCAGCGUGCUGAGGCAGGACCGCGUGCGAUCCAUCAACAUGAUCAAGGGCGCGAUCGAGCUCGCCAAAAGCGAACGCAUCGGCGUCUAA